AUGUAUUCACGCACUCCAAUGAAUCGUUUCGGAACAGCUGCCUCAUCGUCGCCGACGAAAGCAUCAACCCCGCGAUCGUUGGCACGGCCGGGAGGAUCGAAAUUACCUACUUCCUUGUUAACGAAGCGCACCUGCCCACAUAACACAUCGAGCUCCGAAUCCUUAGCAGCCUCUCCUGCCAGAACACCCAAAACAUCUUUGUCAGGUUCUGGAGCCGUCAAUGGGAUAGCAAUGGCCAAGUCCAAAUCAAGCACCGCUUUGAACAUGAAUAAUUGCUUCACACCAUCCAGCCGACCACCAGCGGUUUCAUCGAAAAGUGCAUCGAAAGAUGUUGGCACGCCCAGGAACUUACUAAAGCGCACCAAAGCUCGUGAAGACUUGCUCAACGCUAGGACUCCGGAAUGUUUCGCGCCUAUUUCAGUAGAUAGCCCAUUGCCAGCCGGUGCGAAACACCGUUCCAGCCAGCCGAAACUGGACGACUCAUACCGCAGCACCACCAAAGAAAAGGAUAAGGAUGGUUCGAUGGGUGAGAUGAGCAAUUUAAAAGUCGCUGUCCGCAUCCGCCCGCUUGCUGUUAAAGAAUGCAUCGACUCGGUAUCGAAUAUUGUCCGUGUAAAAAAUAAUGAGAUCUUCAUUAACGGAGGCAGUACGGCUGACAAUUCGGCUGGCGUAGAGCAUGCGUUUCAUUACGAUCACGUAUUUUGGUCCUGCAAUGCGGAUGACCCGGCGUACGUCAACCAGGCCGAGAUGUACAACACUAUGGUUCAUCCGCUGCUGGACAAAGCUUUCGAAGGGUACAACACUUGCCUGUUCGCGUACGGGCAAACGGGCUCCGGCAAGAGCUACAGUAUGAUGGGAAUGGACCUGGAUGAUAACUACGACGACGCCCCGAAUCCAGACGCCGGUAUCAUCCCUCGGUUCUGCCACGAACUGUUCGCCCGCAUCAAUGCACUCAAAGGGAAAGUUCACGCCGAGGUGGAAGUGAGCUAUUUCGAAAUUUACAACGAAAAAAUUCACGACCUUCUCUCCGUCACGCCAAGCGAUGGUGGCUUCGUUGUGUCGACCCCGGGACAGGGCGCCAAAAAACCCCCGCUUAAAGUUCGCGAGCAUCCCGUGUGGGGACCGUACGUCGUCGAUCUUAGCACGCACCCGGUCGACUCGAACACGUCCCUCCGGAACUGGCUUGCCGUCGGAAACAGUCAGCGGGCCACGGCGGCCACCGGCAUGAACGAUAAAAGCUCGAGGUCACAUUCGAUCUUCUCGGUAGUGCUAAACCUGGUGGAGAUCGUAGAAAGCAGCGACCCGGACGAUUCGGGCCGUUCGGUGGGCGAUGGUCCGACCACGGUGAAGCAAACGAAGCGCAGUAAAAUCAGUCUUGUUGAUCUCGCCGGCUCCGAGCGUGUUAGCCAGACCUGUGCCAGUGGAGCCCGGCUGAAGGAGGGCGUUUGCAUCAACAAGAGUUUGCUGACGCUCGGCAAAGUUAUCUCGGCACUUGCUGAUCCAAAGAAAGGCGCCAACACUUACAUUCCGUACCGUGACUCGGUACUCACGUGGCUGCUGAGGGAAUCGCUCGGUGGAAACUCGCGUACGGUCAUGCUCGCCACCAUUUCUCCGGCCAGCAUCCAUGUGGACGAAACGCUGGCCACGCUUCGGUACGCCCGUCAAGCCCGUAGCAUCGUGAACCGCGUCAAAGUGAACGAAGACCCGCACGAUCGCAUCAUCCGGGAGCUGCGCGCAAAAAUCGAACGGCUGCAGGUUUUGCAGCAGGAACACGAGCGCCAGCGGCGUCUCUCGGAGGCCAAUCAGCACCAGCAGUAUCUGCAGCCACGGAAAAUCAUCAUCGAAACCACCACGGUCGACGACAGCGAGGUGGAAGCGCUGCGGCAACAGUUGACCGAAACGGAACAGGAGCUUGCCAAGGCGCAACGUUCGUGGCGAGAGCGGCUUCAGGAGGCUGAAGAUGUGCGCCGGACCGAGAUGAAACUGCUCAGGCGGAAGGGUCUUGCCCUGGAGUUGUCCGCGGAGCAGAAGGAACCCUGCCUGGUGAAUUUGGCCGCCGAUCCCAUGCUUUCCGGGACGCUGUUGUACAUUAUUCCACCCGGUACGGUACUUAUCGGUCGUCCUUCGUCUUUAUCCGCACCGGAUAUUGUGCUCGAGGGGCCGCUGGUAUCUCCAAAACAUUGCGUAAUCGAGAACAAGAACGGAAUGUUGUACAUUAUGCCCGAACCCAACACCGAAUACGAGACGUUCGUGAAUGGGGAGCUUAUUCAAGAACGGCGCAAACUGCUGCAUGGUGAUCGGUUGGUGAUUGGUGGGUCACACUACUUCCGCAUCUCGAACCCAUUAUGUCCCAACAAAACGACACAAGUUAUGGUUGAUUUCCAGCUGGCUCAUCAGGAAAUCUUGCGUGAACAGGAGAACCGACUGCGACAGGAACUGGACGCCGAAAAGCAGGCUACCCUAGCACGUAUCGAGGCCGAGCGGAUGGCCCAAGAACAGGACUACGAAGAACGGCUUGCCUCGCUCGAGCUAGAAAAGUUCCGGUACAAGUAUCGCAAAGAAUUACUAGAGACGGAACAAGAGGCACUAUUGCAAUCUGCUAGCAAACGGGACAAACCGAACAGUCCCAAGGGGGAUCGGUCUAUUGAGGAAGACUCGUUCGAGUGUAAUCCAAGUGCUGAAUCGAACUUGGCCGAUGAAAUCCGGCGUAUAAUGGAGCACACGAGCGAUGAGAGUCUAGCGCACAUUCAGAUGAUGGUCAAGGAAGCGAGCCAACGCUGUCGCGAUGUGGGUCUCGAGUAUGAGUUUAAACAGACGCAGGUUUGGCAGGAUGAAGGCAUCUUCCGGGCGAUGGUUAACAUAGUGGAUCGUGCGAAUGGUCGCGUUGCCGAGUGGCUACCGGCGAGGCUCGAGUGUUGGCUGGGUUUCGUCCGUGAUCGGGACGAUCUUACCGCAGACAACAUGUUCGAACCGGUCGAUCUCAUAUGGAACGAUGCGGCCGAUCAAUCGGCCAAUGAGUCUCUACUACACGAAUCGCAUAACUCGAGUCGUAUUUCUCUCACUCUUGGCUCGCUAAAGGAUGCCAUUCUCGGGAGGCACAGUUUGGUGUCCAACACGAGCACAACGUCGUGUGGAUCGCCAAGUACCGGGGCUGUUGGAAAUUCACGCAAAUCACAGGGCCUUCUGAAAUCCAUCUUUACCAAACCUUCUAUGGAUACCGGGAAUGAACACGGAAGGGUUUCCGGUGGAAGCGCACGAAAGGCGCUAUUUAUCGGUACGGACGACAACGACGAAAACCUUCCUAACAAUUGCCAACGCACGAGUGCUACCAAAGCUGCCCCGCCACGGCGUUUCGAUCAAAAAGCAUCACAGUAUUUACGAGACAUUCAUCUGGCCACACUCAAACUGCGGAAGCUAUGCGAGAAACAGCAGGAUUCCGCUGGAGAAGGGAAUAUGAUGGAUGUUGACGGUGAUAACGGUCAGGUGAAGGAAAGUCGUCAUCCAUGUGAUGUUGAUGGAGCAUUAGCCAACCAGUGUCUAGAAUCGAUUGGUAAUAUCGAGCGAUCGCUUCAAACGAUCCGAUCAGCACUGACCGAGCACAACAUCAAGGAAGCUACUCUGAACGCCUCCGAAAGUGACUAUGGACGUACACCAAAGGCCGUUCGGUUUCUAUUGGAGUAGCCGAGUGUAUAAAGGACUUAUUUUGAUGGCACAAGAGAUAAGUUAAAUCGCGAUACUUUAAAAUGGAUUUAGAUAACGAAAUUCUUGCCGUAGCGUCUUAGAUGGGUAUGAAGAACAGGGUUGGAUAAUUCUAAAAGUUUUGAACAAUUUUUAACUUUUAUAUUUACAAAAUCAAAUCGAUAGUGUAAAGCUCAUUAAAUCGAUGUAUCCGGGUUGUCGGUUGAAUGUUUUUUACAUAUAUAUUGUGUUAAAUAAAAUCAUUUUCGUGGCUCCAUUUUUGUUUACGAUACCAUUUUCUAAA